GUUGAGAAACUGCUUAUCUAAAGCUGCAGGGACCGGGGUCUGCCGAUCUUAGCCGAUCAGCCCACUUGAUAGCCUCAGGCUCUUGCAAGGCAACCUUAUCCCCAUUGAAACUUCUAAUACCAAUAACCCAGGGUUACGAUGAACAACAAGCAAAAGAUUGUAGUGAUUGGGGCUGGGCCUGUUGGCUCACUGGCCGCUUUAUAUGCUGCGAAUCGCGGCGAUGCCGUCGAAAUCUAUGAGCUCCGGAGCGACCUCCGAGAUCCCUCGACAACACCGCUCAAUUUUACCAAGUCCAUCAACUUGGCCCUCUCCGAGCGCGGCAUCAAUGCCAUGCGCCAUGCUGGCCAACCAAAGCUUAUAGAUCAUGUCAUGGGUGCCACCAUUCCAAUGCGCGGCCGCAUGAUCCACGGAAGGCGAGCAAAUGGCGAUCUCUACGAGGAAUCGCAAGACUACGACGUACACGGGAGGUGCAUCCUUGCCAUCGACCGCGGCGGUCUGAAUAAGCGCCUUCUUGACAUUCUGGAAGAGAUGCCGAAUGUCACUUUCUUCUUCAAUCACAAACUCACUGGGGCAGACUUUCGAAGAAAUAAGGCUUGGUUUGAGGUGCGCGAUAGCACCGAGAGGCAGGGGCAGCGAGCACGCGAGAUCGAGGUCGACUUUGACCUCAUGAUCGGCGCCGAUGGCGCUCACUCCGCAGUCAGAUACCACAUGAUGAAGUACACCCGGAUGGACUACCAACAAGUAUACAUCGACACGCUGUGGUGCGAAUUCCAGAUCCCACCCAAGACGAUUUCGACGACCACGGAUUUGAAAUCAAGGUUUUUGAUUUCACCGAACCAUUUGCACAUCUGGCCCGGACGCGAGUUCAUGUUCAUUGCGAUUCCAAGUGAUGAUGGUUCUUUCACCUGCACCCUCUUCGCACCCGCGGCGCUGUACGAACACCUCGAAUCCGACCCAACCGGCGCUCUGAUCCCACCCUUCUUCGACAAGCACUUCCCCGGCGUGACGUCCCUGAUCCCUCCCGCCGAUCUGAUCGCUGCGUUCCGCCGCAACCCUCACCUACCGCUCAUCAGCAUCAAAUGCAAACCCUACCACUACGGCUCCUCAGCCGUCAUUGUCGGCGACGCCGCCCACGCCAUGGUGCCCUUCUACGGCCAAGGGAUGAACGCAGGUCUGGAAGACGUGCGCAUUCUCUUCGACAUCAUCGACAAGCAUGCGCGCAUGGACGAGCUCAGCACCGGCGCGGUCGCGUCGGCGUCUCGCGAGCGAGCGCUGGCAGAGUACACGGCCGUUCGCGUCCCCGAUGCCCAUGCUAUCAACGACCUAGCGUUGCAGAACUACGUGGAAAUGCGUGCUUCGGUGCUCUCGCCGGCCUACAAGCUGCGCAAGUUCCUCGAGGAGGCUGUGUCCAAGUAUCUUCCAUCCCUCGGGUGGCAGACCAAGUAUGCUCGGGUGUCUUUCGGCAACGAGAGGUACUCGGAUGUGAUGGCCAGGAGCGAGUAUCAAGGUCGAGUGUUGAUGCGCGGGUUUGUAUCGCUGAUGGGGCUGCCAUUUCUCGCCGGUGGGGUCUUCUUAGUUCUGCGAUACCGGAGGACUAUGGAUGUUGGGCUGAGGGCGGCGCUAGGGUCGGUUGACUCAAUGAUCGAGCUAAUUGCCAUGAAGGCGUAAAAGCAUGAGGUCAGGGGAUGUCAAGUAUAGCUACGGCUGCGACCACAUGGCGCUGGUCCUACACAUCCAAGUAUCCUUGGUGGAUCGGACCAUGAUCUCGGAUUCGCUCUUGAAUAAGAUACGCUGCCUGUGAUUCCACCCCACUCAGAGCUUUCCGUUUUCAAAGGACAUCCGAAGAGUGUCAACCUUUUAUUAUCUUCGUGACUGUCUCCGUCACAUCAUCGCGCGGUAUAUCGAGCAGCUUGUUGUCCGACAGACCCGCGGCGACAAAGUCACCACCAAGGCCUCUCUUGAGGCCGACGAGAAGGCCCAAACGGCCGAUCACUUGUAUCUUGUCUAUAAAGUUGGAGGAGGAUAUACUAGUUGCUUAUACCUCUCUGAUACCUUGCUCGACGUCGAUCUAGGUAACAUCCUACUCGGAAACCC